AUGGCUAACGUGUCUCCCAGUCUGCAAAACCUAAUUGAGGAGCUCGGGUUUCCCUCAAGCGAGUACCCUUUUCUGGUCCGUCUUUUCGGGUCCUCCGACCCAUUUGCUGGGCUUCCUGGUACAGAUCUCGAGCCCAGCCACAACCGAAAUCAACCUGGCCAACUCAGUUCUACUAGUAUUGCUGGCAGACUUGCAUCUACUAGGCUCUGGCAAGCUAUUCCUCCGCUUCAUGGUGAAGGUGUCAAUCAGUCUCUUCUACCACCCACCCACCGUCGCCCUGGUGGCUUUCGCGAAGGUUUAGAAGGCAGAGAUUUAGUCCACUACGAAGAAGAGUGGACUUCUCUCAUCACCGCCGAUUCAGAAUCUCUGUUCUCCGAGUUACUCCAACAGCUUGUAUUGGACGGCGAGCAAUCCAGGCUUGAGUCCUCUGAGCUUCCCGAGCACCCUAAGGCAUCGGACAACGUUGCAAACCCUGGACCCGUUGGACCUCCAAGCCCAUCGGUCUAUGAUAGCGAAACAGGUGAGCCGCCCGACUCUAUUGUUGAUCUCAACGAGACCCGUGGAACCGAAGGCGAUUGCAAAACAUCCCAGGACCUGAGGGCUUCAAAGGAAACUGGGAGCUUUGAAAAACUACUUCAAUCAUUUCCAAUUCCUCCCGGUCGCAAUCAAACGGUCGCGGACCGAAGUUGCUCCCAAGUUUUAUCUGACUCCCCAUCUGACCCCCAACGAGUGCUACCGGAAGACUGUGCCCAGGCUAAUACGUCGACCGUCGCCAGAAGUCAGAUCGAAUCUGUGACCAGUCUACCUAGGAUUUCCCGAUUCUCUGAAGAAUUGGCUGACAAUUAUCCCAUCGGAGAGCAAGAUACUUCCGACAUUUCUGUUAAAGCCAAUACAUCUGCACUCGACACUUCAAACGUCGUCAACACUCGGAACGUUUCCUUUGGGAUUCUUUCAUUGCCCCCUAGCACCUCUUCCAGAGAACGUUCCCCCACUGGCCAUCACGAGGGACAAGAAGCGAAGCUCGACAGCCCAUGUCAAGCCCAGGAUCGUGCGAAUAAAUACAUCGCUUUCCCUGAAUACCCCCCGCGAGUCCGCCCAAUCAGCUACGUGAUCAGAAGGCAGCGCUCCUUAAAGCCUAUCUCCGAAGGGCGCCCCGCAUCAAAAGCUACCCCUCGGUAUUACCAAAAGACGCCUCUCCGUAUCUCUUCUCGUCCGUCUACAACCUCUUUCGCCUCGGGAAAAAGGAGCACACAAAAGUGCAAGAGAGUCUUGAGACGUUUUGUUGAGAACCUCAAACGUCUGUUUUGUUAA